ACCAGUGGCAAUUUCCAUAGAAACUAAUUCUUUAGUGAAAAUGCAUAGAUGAAAUUUCGCUUAUUGUAUAGAAUUCAAUGCUCAAAAAUAAUAGUGAGUUAAAGCUGUUUUAAGACGAUAGAGCCUAAACUGCUAUUUUGCCUUGUACAAACACAAUUUUGGACUUUCUCAUGAAAUUUACUGAUAGUUAUUCGAUCUUGUCCGAGAAAGAAAAUCUAAACAUAUAUUCGGAAAUAGUGAAAAAUUCUUAUUCUCUGGCUCUAACCAGUUGUCUUCUAGUUACCAAAUAUGUCGCGCCAAGAAUUUAGAUUAUGAAAGAUCUUUGCAUCAGAGAUGUCCACAGCGGUGUCAGCAGCAUGUGUUUUAGAAAUCAUCGCAGCAUGGGAGAUAUUACAAGAAUACCAGCACGACAGCAACAGCUUCUUUUUUUUGUUGCAAUUGUAAAACUGGAUGAAUCUGCACUCAAUUUGAGUGUCUAAUAGUCAAAAUCGAGAUUGAGUGUGAUGAAUUCAAUACAACUGUGCUAAUUUGACACAGUGGCAGAAGAGAUUUUCGUAGAGUUGUUCGAAAAUCAUCGCAGUAGCAGCAAUUCUUAUACAGUUUACCGCAUCGCAGUAAUGGCGCUAAGCCUUACCCCUUCUAGGAUGGCGUCGCAGCAGCGGCAAAUUUCUAGUCAUGAUAUACAUCUCUACUUUGCACACAUUCUUCUAAUAUGUUCAAAAUAGGAUUUCCGCAAGAAUCUCUUCGUCAUUAAUAUGAUAAUAUCAUAGAAUCAUUCAUUCAAAAAUGGUAUCGUCAGUGAUAGAUCUUGAAUAAAGAUAUGUUCUCGUAUGCUUUAAAUCUUAUCGAACGACAUUGAAAUCUUAUGACUUCGAAGGAAAAAUAAAUAUUUUAUAUCAUUAAAAUUUUCUUUUUAGGAAUUCAAAUGUUUACAAAAGAAAUAUAAUAAACUUGAAGAACAAUGUAAAGCUGCUGUUCGAAACUUUACACAAAUGACAAUAUCUGAUCCAACACUUGAUUUUCUUCUUAUGAAAGCAUGUGAACCAAUGAUACAAUUAUUUUGUGGAAAUGUUGAAGAUGGAAAUGAAAAUUAUCUAAUACGUUGUUUAAUUAAACAUAAAAAUGAACAACAAAUGGAUUUUCGUUGUAAAGCUGAUAUUGAUCAUCAUCAAAUAACAAGUAUGAAAGAUGAAGCAUUUUUAAGUCAACAAUUUCGAAAAAAAUGUAUUCAAGAAAUAAAUGAACAUUGUGUAGGAAGAAAAACAAAAGCAGGUGUUGUUCAAUGUCUUGCUGAUUUAAUGUUACGUGAUGUAUUAAAAAAAGAAAAUCAAAUAACUGAAGUUUGUCGUGAUGAACUUAAAUUUGAACUUCUUCAACGAAGUGAAAGUAUCGAUUUUGAUCCAUCAUUAGCUAAAACAUGUCGACAAGAUAUUCAACGAUUCUGCUCUGCACGUACUCCGGGAAAUGCUGAAAUUCUUGAUUGUCUAAAAGAUAAUCAAAAUAAAGUAUCAACAGCAUGUUAUGCUAAAUUAAGAAAACGUGAAAAACUUGAUGUUAUUUUACCUGAAAAUGAUUAUAGUCUUAUGUCAAAAUGUGCAAUUAUUAUUCAAAAAUUUUGUUCAAAUGAAAAGAAACAAAAUAUUUUAUCAUGUUUACGACGUAAUAUUAAUCAAGAUGCUAUGCCAAAUCU